CUCUGAUGCCCGGCCGUGCCAAGCGAUGACUCUCAGCUCGGAGAUGUCCGAUGCCGCCUCCGUCUUGGCCGAAGAGACGGACAUCGAUGUGGUCGGGGAGGGAGACGACGAGGAGGAGGAAGAGGAGGAAGAGGAGGAAGAAGACGGCGUGGAGGAGGAAGAAGGGCUCGCGCUGCCCCGGUCCCCGAGAGGGCGCGCCCCCGCCGGGUCCCCGGCCUCCGGCUCGCCUUCGUCGUCGGCGUCUUCCUCGUCCUCCCAGCCGGGCUCCUUCCGGGCGGCCGGGGGCGGCGGCGGCGGCAAGAACAGCCUGGUGAAGCCGCCCUACUCGUACAUCGCCCUCAUCACCAUGGCCAUCCUGCAGAGCGCCAAGAAGCGGCUGACGCUGAGCGAGAUCUGCGAGUUCAUCAGCGCCCGCUUCCCUUACUACCGGGAGAACUGCGCGUCCCAGUCCGCCGUCCUCCCGGUCCUGGCCCGCUCCCUGAUGACCUCGUCGCCUUCCCUGGCCUCGCCCUCUCCGGCGGCGGCGGCGGCAGCAGUGGCCGCAGCCUCGUUGGGCGCUUUGCACCCGGGGCCAGCCUUGGUCAACGAAAACUUUACUACCAGGAUUUCCAAUUGCUAA